AUGGCCGCACGGUCGCUUCGUAUAGGCUUGAUACCCGGUGAUGGGAUCGGCCGCGAGGUCAUUCCUGCAGGCCGACAAGUACUGGAAGCAAUCUCAACGAGCUUCAAGCUCAAAUUCGACUUCGUCGAUCUAUACGCAGGAUUUGAAACAUUUCAACAAACCGGCAACGCUUUACCCGACAGGACAGUGAAAGUUCUCAAGGAAGAAUGCGAUGGUGCCCUUUUCGGAGCUGUGAGCUCACCGACAACGAAAGUCGUAGGCUACUCGUCCCCAAUAGUUGCUUUGCGGAAGAAGCUGGAUCUAUAUGCCAAUGUACGACCAGUAAAAACUACUGCGACAGUCAAGUCGCCAAUUGAUCUUGUCAUUGUGAGAGAGAACACUGAAGACCUCUACGUGAAGGAGGAACGAACUUUCGAGUCUCCUGAUGGGAAGGGUAAAAUCGCAGAGGCAAUCAAGAGGAUAUCAGAGCGAGCAUCGCACCGCAUUGCCAGCAUAGCCGGGGAGAUAGCUUUACGACGGCAAAAAAUAAGAGAUAGUGGUGUGCACAGUGUGCACUCGAGACCUCUUGUAACUAUUACGCACAAGAGUAAUGUGUUGUCUCAAACAGACGGUCUCUUUCGUGAGACUGCUCGUACGGCCCUCUCACAUUCCUCUUUCUCGGAUGUCGCCGUGGAUGAACAGAUUGUCGAUUCCAUGGUCUACAAGCUCUUUCGUCAACCUUCAGCUUACGACGUUAUUGUUGCUCCAAACCUUUAUGGCGAUAUCUUAUCGGACGGUGCGGCGGCUUUGGUCGGCAGCUUAGGCCUCGUGCCCUCAGCCAACGUUGGAGACGGUUUUGUGAUUGGAGAACCAUGCCAUGGUAGUGCACCGGAUAUUAUGGGCAAAAGUGUGGCGAAUCCAAUUGCUAGUAUCCGAAGUGCGGGGCUGAUGCUGGAAUUUUUGGGAGAGGAAGAUGCAGCCGCGAAGAUAGAAAAAGCAGUCGAGAGUAAUUUGGACGAAGGAAGACUGCUCAGCCCUGAUAUGGGUGGCAAAGCCAGGACAGAGGAGGUUGUUGAAGACAUUCUCAAGAAGUUGUGA